AUGGCCUCAGCAACAUCCUUCCGCCAAAUCAUCGGCGUCCCGCCCUCGACCGCCUCGCCCACCGACAGCACCCUCAUCAUCAUCGACGCCCAGAACGAAUACGCCGAGGGAAAGCUCACCGUCCGGGACGUCGCCUCGUCGCGCAAGGCCAUCGCCGCCCUGCUGCAAAAGUACCGCGACGCCAAUCAGGGCGGCAACAUUGUCCACGUCGUCCACGACACGCCGCAAGGCGCCCCCAUCUUCACGCCCGGGACCAAGCUCGCCGAGGAAUUCGCCGAGCUCACGCCCAAGGAGGGCGAAAAGGUUGUGAGGAAACAGCACCCGGGUGCGUUUGCGGGGACGGACUUGCAGGCGCAUCUCGAGGGGUUGGGGGACCGCGGAAAGAAGAUUGUGUUGACUGGGUACAUGGCUCAUAUUUGUGUGUCUACUACCUCUAGACAAGCUUCACAGCUUGGGUUUGAGUUGCUGGUGGCCGAGGAUGCGGUCGGCGACCGUGAUAUCCCUGGCGUUGAUGCGGCGCAGCUCGUCAAGGUUGUUUUGAGUGAGAUUGCCGAUGGCUUUGGUACCAUUGUGCAGAGCAAGGACAUUGUCUAA